ACUACAGACACUGAGCAAGCUACGAUUCGCUUCAACAGGGAGACGGGACUGUUUCGAAUUGCCGCCAAGGAGCGUCUUCUCCCAGAAUUCCAGAUAUGAUCCGCAUUCUGACGGGAUCGGCAUCACGUCUGCCGAAUCGGUUGUCCAGUGUUCUCGCGGAGAGCACCGAAAUGUAACCCCGCGUUGUGGUCAAUCGUAUUGACUAUCCUAUCGCGAUACGCGGCUGGCAUGAUGCUGUACAAUCUACAACGUCGGGGAAUCCGAGCGGCCAACGACGUCUAGACGACCAGGAAACGAGAAUAUUUAAGCCUGCCAUUCCCACUGGAUCUCAGAGUUUCGUACCAAGGAACUCAGCUCAAAUCAGAUCCUCCGAAGAUCCUCCACUUCCCCGUCGAUCAAGAUGUUGUACAACAAGAUCAUCGCCGUCGCAGCCCUGCUGCUCGCCCCUGUCCUGGCCGCCCCUACUGAACUCGACACCCGCGCCUGCGCCUACACCUGCGGCAGCAACUGCUACAGCGCGAGCGCCGUGAGCGCCGCUAAGGAAGCCGGUUAUGAGCUGUACUCCUCGGACGAGACCGUCGGCAGCAACAACUAUCCCCACAAGUACAACAACUACGAGGGCUUCGACUUCCCUGUCUCCAGCCCCUACUACGAGUGGCCUAUCCUGAGCUCCGGACGGAUCUACACCGGUGGUUCCCCUGGUGCGGACCGCGUUGUCUUCAACAGCAAUGAUCAGCUGGCUGGUGUUAUUACACAUACCGGGGCUAGUGGAAACAACUUUGUCGCUUGCACUUAGGCUAGGAUUUCGACGGCUGCUGGCGGCAGACGAUUUGUUUAUAGGUUCAGCAAAGGCAAAGGACCAUAAAAUCAAUUUUGAUAAUGAUUCAUGCUCGUGGCCCAGUCCAUAAUUUUCCUUCCCC